UUUUACCGAAGAUAUUGGGUUUCUCCUGGGUGGAUAUCACAUAUGCACAGAUGAGAUGAGAGGAAGGCCCAGUGUUGGAUUACUGUGAUUGUUUGGGUUUUUUAGAUAUUUUAUGGAUUACUAUUAUUCUCACAAGGCGUUGGUUCAGUAAGGACAGAGGCCACAGGUGUUUUUGUGCUUGGAGAUCCCAGAGGAGGAGGAUGGAAGUGAGGUUCAAAGAUCAUGUGAAACCAGGCAUGGAGGAGCUGACGAUAUGGGAACAACAUACAAUAACAUUAUCCAAGGAUCCCAAAGUGGGAUUUGGUUUCGCCCUGUCAGGAGGGAAGGACAAGCCUCACCCGGACAGCGGCGAAACAGCAGUGGUGAUCUCAGAUGUGCUGCCAAACGGACCAGCCAUGGGACGACUCUUCACCAAGGAUCAGGUGGUCAUGGUCAAUGGAGUGUCAAUGGAGAACGUCCACUCCAACUACACAAUUCAAAUUCUCAAGACGUGUGGAAAGACAGCAAACAUUACGGUAAAGCGCCCUAGAAAGAUCCAGAUCCCCGCCACUACCACCAGACCAAGCAGAUCUGCAUCUCACUCCAACCUGCUGGAUAACGACACCGCCCGGAGGCCACGCAGGUACUCUGAUGGCAGCGACAACCGCGAGUACGACCGGCAGCGGUCUAGAGCACGCAGCUCCUCCCCUGACCGCAACGGACACACACUACCCCUCAUGUCCUCUGGAUACAAGAGACUGCCCCAUGGAGUCACAGAGAAGCCCAUCAGGACAACUCUGGUCAAGAAGAGGAUUACAGACGAGUAUGGACUGAAGUUGGGAAGUCAGAUUUUCAUCAAGCACAUGACAGAAACUGGACUAGCUGCAAAGGAGGGCACUCUGCAGGAGGGAGACCUUAUUCUCAAAAUUAAUGGCAUGGUGACAGAAAACCUAUCGUUACUGGAGACAAAGCACCUGGUGGAGAAGAGCAGAGGUAAACUCACCAUGACUGUGCUCAGAGACGACCGCAAGUUCCUGGUCAGUAUCCCGGAGGUGGUGGACAGCGCCCCCAACAGCGAAGACGAGCGUAAGCGGGAGAGCAGCUCUGAACUUGAGGACAUUUCAGACCUGGAUGAUGACAUACCCACACACAGAACACGUCAGCCCGCGAGAGAGAAACGCACUCGCAGGAUUCGAGCUGAACAACCAGUAGCACUGGCUCGCUCUCGGGACGCCUCACCAGUGCGCUCCACUUUACCCCGACCCCCACUGAAAACCUAUGCCCCUCGCAGACCUCCAUCUGAAUCUGAGUCAGACCGUAGUGCAUCUCCACCGCCAAGAAGACAUACCCCAGAUUUGAGGGACUCCAAUAAAUACAAGAGCUUAUCUGGGUUGUCGACAUUGCCCAACCCUAAAUCCUCUCCUCUGGCCCCCUCCUGGAGCGUAGACCGCCCCUCCUCCACCUCAUCUCGACCCCGUAAACCUGUGUCUGAGUCCGACUCGGACCGCAGCCCCUCCCCUCCUCCCACCAGACUGAGCUCCACACUGGAUAAAUACAAACCUCUUCCAGAUCUGACCUACGCAGGAAUGAAAUCAUCACCCAUCCCUGUCCGAAAUGAGACCUAUCGGAGGGUCAACUCCCCUGUCAGAGCCCCUCCCCCAGACUCUGGGUCGGACUCUGAAGAAAGCGUCGGCCGUCCUCAAAGGCAGAGCACCACGUACAGCCAGGACUCAUACAGCAGAUACAGAGUGCUGCCCGAUGUCUCUGUGGACCCCCCCAUUUGGAGCAAAACCGGAGCCACAGCCAGCAACGCACCACCCAAUGCCCCUGAGACGGAGUCAGAGGCAAGUUAUGCGUCAGUGCCACGAAAAGAGUCGACCAACAGUGACGUCUCCAACACCAACGCCAACAACCGGUACAGAGUCCUUCCUGAGUCCAGUGUAGUCCCUGUGAAACAGGAGGCACCUCAGCGUGCCCGAUCUCCCACUAGACCGCCCCCUGAUGAUUCAUCAGAGUCAGACCAGCUUUUCCAUCUUCGUCGUUCAGGCAGUUCUGAGCGAGAGGACAGCCACCCCAGUGCUCCUCGCGCUAAUAACCGAAUGGGCACUGGGACCUCUGGAAUUUCAGUGAAGAGCAACCCGCCAAUCUACUCCAAGCCUGCAGAGGAGCCUAUCUACUUGCUACCUCCAGAUUCUUAUCCAGCCACGACACCAGGGUACAGCUCGGAUGUCCGCACAGUGUCCUUCAUCAAAGAGGGCAGUGUUGGGCUGAGGCUGGUCGGAGGAAACGAUGUGGGAAUUUUUGUGGGUGGAGUUCAACCGAACAGCCCCGCUUACGAACAGGGCAUGAAGGAGGGCGACCAGAUAAUGCAGGUGAAUAAAGUUGAUUUUGGGCAUUUCACACGGGAAGAAGCGGCAAACUUCCUUCUCAAUAUUAAGAGUGGGGAACGUGUGGAGAUUGGCACACAGAAUAAAAUGGACCUUUAUAAGAAGAUUAUUAAAUCUAAUUUGGGAGACAACUUCUACGUGCGUACACAUUACGACCAUGAAGCAGAGGGUCCCAUCGGCCUGAGCUUCACCAGAGGAGAAGUGUUCAGGAUCGUGGACACAAUGUACAAGGGGAAGCUGGGCAACUGGAUGGCCAUUCGAAUGGGCAACGACCUGCACGAGCUGGACAAAGGUACCAUCCCCAACCAGGCCAGGGCUGAGAAGUUGGCCGCCAUGGAGCAGGCACAGCGGGCUAUUGGAGUCAGAACCAAGACUGACUCUGGACCGAGAGCAGAGUUCUGGAAAAUCCGAGGUCUCCGUGGAAACAAAAAGAACGACAAGAUGAGGCGGACGCGGGACGACCUGCUGCAGCUCACCAUACAGGGCAAAUUCCCCGCCUAUGAGAGGGUUCUGCUCAGAGAAGCCAAUUUCAAACGGCCAAUCGUCAUUCUGGGUCCUCUCAAUGACAUUGCGAUGGAGAAGUUGGCUCGGGAAAUGCCUGAUGAGUAUGAAGUGGCAGAGAUGGUGCCUCGCAGUGGAUCUGGAGACAGUUCCUCAACAGUCAUUAAACUGGACACUGUGAGGAGGAUAGCAGAGAAGGACAAGCACCCCCUGCUGGAUAUCACUCCUACUGCAAUAGAGAGACUUAAUUACAUCCAGUAUCAUCCAAUGGUGUUGUUCUUGGACCCUCAUAGCAGAAAAGACGUGAAAGCCAUGAGGCAUAGGUACAGCCCCAACUCCAACAAGAGCUCCAGACGCCUUUAUGCCCAGGCGCUCAAACUUAGGAAGCACUGCAGCCAUUUAUUCUCUGCUCGUAUUGACCUGCAGCCUCACAAUCAUGUCUGGUAUGAGGCUCUGAAAGAUAAAAUUCGUCAUCAACAGUCUAAACCCGUCUGGGUUUCUGAAGUUACGUUGGAGGCUGGAGGGGAGCAGGACCUGGAUGCCCUGGACCAAACCACAUCAGACUAUCUGAGUGCAGCCAGUGACCUGGAGGACACAGACGGAGAAGCAUUCACUGACGACGCCUACACUGACAACGAGGACCUGGAAGAGGCAUACCCCAUCCAGGAUACGUCCCGAGCUCCACGCGCCUCCAGGGUGGCUGGCUCUGCUUUAGCCCGCUCCUCUGAGCCUGCCUACAGGGACCCUGAUCAGCACUCAGACAUCGACUCCCAGAGAGAUUCUAGAGAAAUCCCACCCCUAAUGCAUGUUCCUGAACCUAGAACCUACAGACAGGAGCAGUAUAGUCCCCCACGAAGUCCUGCUGAAGAAGAAACAGUUCACCGCAGUUUUACAGACUCUGACUUCAGUGCUUUGGAUGUAAUUCAACCCACCACCCCCUCUGAUGGACCCCCUGACUUUGUGGCCCCAGAUCCCACCCUGAGGUACUCUGUGAAUGAGCAGUCAGCAGAUGAGGAAGAUGACGAAGACAGGGAGGAUGCACAGCUUGCAAGUCUGUCUGCAAUUGAGGAGAAACUGGAGCAGGCUCGUCAGGCCGAACCACAAGCACAACCGGAGGACAAGAAAGCCCCAACAUUCAUAGUACUGGCUCACCAUCACCAGGCGGUUCAGUUCAGACGCACACAGAUCAGAGGCAGUGAUAGCUCAGAUGACGACGAUGAUGUGGAUGAUGAUGAUGAGACUGACGACAUUGAAUGGGGCCCAGCCACUGAACUAUAGAAACUUUUACAAAAACAAGAAAAAAUGACAAUUAAAAUUAUUUCACUCCCUGAACUACUGGAUGUUACCAGAUAAACAGAUGGAGCUCAUGCAACAUUUUGAGGUUUAGUUUUUUAAUGGACAAUCUAAUAUAAAUAAAUGUAAAUCUAUAACAGCAUUGCAGCAUCUUCCAAUAAGGUUUCUCAUGGGUUCUAUUUGCUACUAUGGCCCACUUCAUUUAACUACAGCCUGUAUUAGAUAAGUUUGCUCAGUGAUGGUCACUUACACAAAAAGUACUUACAUAUUUGUACAACAUUUUAAUAUUGUGAGAAGAUGUAUUAAAUAAACGUUUCUGUGCUCCUUUUUAUAUUAAAUA